AUGGCUCAGCACGGCGCGAGACGAUCAGAGAGCUCGACCAACUGGCGGCAGCGGGAGCCCCAAAGGGAGCCCCGGCCGGCUGCGAGACCUGCAUCAAGCUCCAGCUCCAGCUCCAGCUCCAGCUCGACCGCCUCGCUGACGUCGACACCCUUCGAGCGGCCGCGGUGGAAGCCGGGCAGCAGCAGCAGCAGCAGCAGCAGUAGCCGCCGCGGCGAGGGAGGAGCAGGAGGAGCAGGAGGAGGAGGAGGAGGAGGAAGAGGAGGAGGCAACAUCCGGGGCUUUCGUGGCUGGGAGGCCGUUGACUGCGGCAGCGGCAGCUUGAGGACGCUGGGUGCCCGAUACCACGAGUCUCCUCCCUCGUCGUCUUCCAAGGUGCAGACGCCCAUUCACCCGGCCAUCGUCGAGCGGAGGAGGCUGUACGUCGGCAACAUGCCCUAUAUGGCCAAGAAGGAGGACGUCGUCGAGCUGUUCGGCGGCCAGGGCGGAGACGAGACCACCAGCCCCUACAACAUAGAACGCAUUUAUAUAUCAAUUGACCCCUUUACGGGACGGAAUCCAUCCUACUGUUUCGUCGACCUCAAGUCAACAGACCAGGCUGAGCGGGCCAUGGCUGAUUUAAACGGUAAGCUCGUCCUGGGCCGUCCCGUCAAGGUCAAUCCGGGAGUUCCCAGGGCAGACCUGCAGCCGCCGCUGGGCCGGCGAGACCCGGACCUGGACUCGCCGGAGCCCAGGGAGGAGUCAAACGAGCAGCAGCAGCAGCAGCAGCAGCAGCCGGCGGCGGCGGGGACUUACCCUCCCAAGUUCGUCUUUGAGCGGUGGACUCGAGACGAUGCGUCCAAGCACUGGUACGGCUACGCUGCAGAGGGUCGCCGUCUGUUCGUCGGUGGCCUGCCUCGGAUGCGUAACCAGCCUACCGUCGACUACGAGAUCCGCAAGGUCUUUUACGGGUUUAACAUUGAGGCAAUAAGUAAAGUCAUAAUAUCUAAUAGGGACAAACUGCCCCUGUCUGGCAGCCAGUAUUACUACCUCUUCGUGGACCUAGAGUCUGCAGAGGAGGCCGACAAGGCUCUCAAGACCCUGGACGGCGUCAGCGCCAUCUACGGCAACCGGCUGCACAUAAGAAAGGCCAGAGGUAACUCUCGCAAGCCGUCUGAGCGAGACCGCUGGCGGGCAGAGCACGAGAAGAAAAAGGACGAGGAAAAGACUGCCGCUCAGGGCCAAGAUCACCUCCUUGAUGCUCCAAUUGAAGCCGAAGGGAUCACCCAGUCACUUGUAUAG